GAGCGACACAGUCAUUCACCCGCUCAAUUAACUGCUAAUUACACUAAUUACAAGUCUCUACUGCAAGUUUGGACUGUGUGUUUGUCUGCGUGCGGUUCAUCACGUGUACUGACGACGUGCUCACCGCUUCCCCACACACCGCUGUGCAACCCUGGACAAGACCGCUGGAUCAACCUCUGGAGACGUUAACUGGGUGUAACGACAGCCGGCGGAGGACUCGGGCAGACAUGUCAGACAACGCCGGUUGCGAGUUUGAAAUCGACGUGGAGAGCCUGGAGACGGAGAGCGACGACCUGGCGGACUCCUCCAGCCGCCCGGGCUCGGCGCCGCUCGGCCCCGCCGCCUCGGAGGACGACGGAGACGACUGCAAGGGCGACGACAAGCCGGGUCCCAGCGGCCUGUGCUCGGGCGAUCAGAGGAAGCUGAGCCGGACGCCGAAGUGCGCCCGCUGCCGCAACCACGGCGUGGUGUCCUGCCUGAAGGGACACAAGCGCUUCUGCCGCUGGAGGGACUGCCAGUGCGCCAACUGCCUGCUGGUGGUGGAGAGACAGCGGGUGAUGGCGGCGCAGGUGGCCCUGAGGAGGCAGCAAGCCACGGAGGAUAAGAAAGGCAUAUCUGGGAAACAAAUUCCAGCAGAGAGGAGGACGAUAUAUCAGCGACACAUUCGACCGUCCACCAUGCUCGCCAAAAGCAUCCUCGAAGGAUAUCGUCCGGUGCAGUCUGAUCCGUUCCUGGCGGCCAACCCGUCUCUCCCCCCGCCGCUGAGCGAUCGCAUGAGAAAGAGGAGAGCCUUCGCCGACAAGGAGCUGGAAACCAUCAUGCUGGAGCGGGAGUACAAAGAACGAGAGCUGAUGGAGAACAGCCAGGCGGCCACGGCCUCGCUCAUCUUCCCUAACAGCAUGGUCCACCACGCCGCUGAGUACAGCUCCUACAAGACGGCCUACUCGCCGGCAGCUCAGGUCGAGCCGCAGCCCAAAGAUAUGUGCAACUUCAUCGGGCCGAACUGCAUGGAUCUGCCCAUGCAGUACCCCAGCAGCCCCGCCAACGUCGAGCUCAUCUCCUCCAACGUCAGCGUGGCCACUACCUACCGCCACUACCCGCUGCAGCCGUCGCGAGGCGGCUUCAUGAUGUGGCCCCGCGGCGCAGCCAACCUGGGUGACGCCCUGCUCUAUCAGCAGUGCCUGUUCAACGCCACGGCCGUGCAGAACAUGAAGCCGGGCGCCGUGUGGGAGCCCAAGGUGAUGCCUGCCGAGAGCCAACCGCCUGAGCAGGAGGCUGUGGACGCUCUUGCAGGUAAACUGGAAGGAUCCCGAGCCGCAGCGCUGCAGGACUUGCCGAACCCUCAACGGGCCGAACCAAAACCUCCCGCCGCCGCCCACGGAGGGCCGAGGGAGUGCUCUGCCUUCUCCCCCCCGAAGAGGAGCUUCGGACAAUCCUUCCCCAUCAAUACUCAUUCCCAAAACUCCAGCCAAGUCUUGAACAAGCUGAGCAAGGACAGCGCUAAGCUUUCUAUGAAACUCAACUCCUUUCACUCCCUCAUCCAGCACUCGCUGAAUGAAAAAAGCAGCGGCGGGGCUGGGCCGGAGCUCAGGGCUCCGUACUGCAAAGAGCUCUUAGAGGAGGCCGCCCGCAAGUUCAGGGAGGGCUCGGCCAAGGACAUUCAGGCUGUAAAAAUAGCCGACAGGUACGCCAAAGACUUUCUGUCCAAGCCCGUCGGGACCAAGACGGCGUCCAGCGAGUCUUUGUCCUUCUCAGUGGAAGCCAUAUUGAAAAGACCCCCACCUGCCAUGAGUCGAGCAUUCCAUUAAUUUCCAUUAAGUGUCUUUUCUUGCACUAUAAAUAACAGGUUUGUCUCAGAGGACACAGGGAGCAUCUCACGUUGUGGUUUUGGGCUCAAACGAAAA